AUGUCUGAUAGAUUCAAUUCACUAAUUCCACCUACUGCUGCCACCAACGUUUACAAAGACGAAUGUGCAUACUCAUUUGAUACUCCAUUUUCUUCUGAUGGCCUCGAUGUGUGCCUUUCCUGUUUUCGUGGCUCGUCACCGCGCCCAGCUGCAAACUAUACCAGAGCUCACGCCGAUGCUUUUGGCCACCGGGCGUUUCUCAACAUUCGUAAAGUCCUGAAGAAACGUGCGCGCGAACCGUCGCCUAAAAAAAUCACCAAGCUUGUUGUACGCGAAGAUCGCGAAGAAGACGUCUACGAUACAAUGACAUCUGUCAAGUACUUGAAUGAGACCGAGGAGGAAGAAGUUACUGACCCUAACUCAAUACCUAAUCUUAAGCGUGUUGUGGAUGGAGUUCUAAAUGCUAUUUCUGCAAGUCAAAAACAAGAUGCGCUUGAGUGGCGACCCGAAGUUUCAGUAUGUCCUCAUACAAUGGAUCUCGAGCAGGGACCUGCAUCGACUGUGGCCAUAGAUACAAAACAUUGCUCGCAGUGCGACCUUACAGAAAAUCUUUGGCUGUGCUUGACUUGCGGCGCACUUAACUGUGGUCGCAACCAAGUCGGUGGCGCUCCGGGUAACGGCCACGGUCUUGUUCAUACAGCCUCCUCGGGCCAUCCUGUUGCUGUCAAGCUCGGCAGUAUUACACCCGAUGGAUCUGCAGAUGUUUAUUGUUAUUCAUGCGAUGAUGAAGUCAAGGAUCAUCACUUGGCUGCUCAUCUGGCCCAUUUUGGCAUCCGCCUUGCUGACACCGAAAAAACCGAAAAGAGUUUGACAGAACUCCAACUCGAGCAAAAUGUCAAAUGGGACUUUGGUCUGCAAUCUGAGACGGGCGAAGAACUUGUCCCAGUAUUUGGACCUGGGCUUACUGGUCUUAAGAACCUCGGCAACAGUUGCUAUUUGUCAUCUGUUGUUCAAUGUCUGUUUGCACUUCCACGUUUUGCCAAUGCAUACUAUCACCCCGGCACUAUGCAGAAGAUUGUGGACGCACCUGAACACAAUCUUGAAAUACAACUAAUUAAGCUAGCGGAUGGAUUAUUGUCUGGACGAUAUUCGGUUCCCGACCCAGCAUUGAGUGACGAUAAGCCCACUCAACAUGGCCUUGCGCCGGCCAUGUUUAAGCGGCUUGUUGGUGAAGGAAACUCUGAGUUUUCUUCAAUGCGUCAACAAGAUGCCUUUGAAUUUUGGACAUAUCUUGUGGGUAAAAUUCAAAAAAUAAAGCAGGAGGAGGAUCCCACAAAGGCUUUCCAGUUUAAGGCAGAACAACGUCUAGAGUGCACUUCGUGUCACAAAGUUCGCUAUAAUACUACGAUCCAAGAAGCUCUUUCGCUUCAUGUCCCCGUACGCCGAGUCAGCGACGAAGAGUUUGAACCUGUGAUUGUGCAAGAGCUGUUUGACAAUCUGACCCGGACUGAACAUGUGGAAUAUCAGUGCAAGACAUGUCAGGGCAAAACUUCUACCAAGAAGACUAGUUUUGCAACUUUCCCUGAGGUGCUUGUGCUCAAUGCUCAGCGAUUUGAAAUUAUCAAUUGGGUUCCUACUAAGCUCGAUAUUGCUGUAUCUGUUCCUGGUGACGAAAUUUCUCUUGACAAAUAUAAAGCUCCCGAACAUCCUGAAGGCGAAGAUGUUGAAACCGAAGAGGACAACGCUAAGGAGCCUGCAUUUACUGCAGAUCCUGAAGGAAUUGAAUUUCUUACGUCUAUGGGCUACCCCAUAGUGCGUGCUGAAAAGGCUCUUUACCAUACCAAGAAUGAUCUCGAAGCCUCUGUCAAUUGGAUUCUUGAGCAUAUGGACGAUGCAGAUAUUGACGUCCCGUUAUCACUAACCGGAUCUAAACCCGCUGUUGACGAGGAACAAGUCGAGCAGCUUACGGCCAUGGGGUUUACACCCAAUGCUGCUCGUAAGGCUCUUCGUGUGAGUGCUGGCAAUAAUGAAGCUGCCGUGGAGUGGCUCUUUUCUAACCCUGAUGACCCUGGUGAGUCUGUUGCUGAGCAAGCUUCAGAGGUUGAAGAACCCGCUGUCGACGAAAAUGUUGGUUCUGGCGAUCUUCCUGCUAAGUAUGUUUUGCGCGCAGUGGUUUGCCAUAAGGGCAAGAGUGUGCAUGCUGGACACUAUGUUGCAUUUGUGCGUAAGCCUGUACCUGAUCCCGCAACCGGUGCCACCACUGAACAAUGGGUUUUGUUCAAUGACGAAAAGGUUCUUGCAACAGCAGCAGAUGCAGAGGAAAUGAAGAAGUUUGCCUAUGUUUAUGUGUUUGAACGUGCUAAUUGA